AUGAAGAAGGAACCUAAUAUGUUUUUACUAUAUCGUAGAGAAAUGAUGAAACAUAGACGACCUAAUGUAUCAAUGACUGAAUUCAGUAAAUUUGUUUCAAAAGAAUGGAAAAAUCUAUCAGAUCAUGAAAAAAUGAAAUGGAAAAGGAAUUAUCAAAUGAGUCGUGAUAAGGAGUUGCAAAACAAGGUCUCUACUUCUCCGAUCGCAAAUGAGAACGAAUACCGAAACUCGAUUGCCAUUUCCAAUUCUGUUAAUAAAGAUCUAUCAACCAAAUUGAAAAAAGAUUGUUUUCUCACCGAAUGUCCUUCGGAAGAAUUUUUAAAUAAUGAUGAUGACAUCAUCAUUUCCAUCUUUUAUAACCAAAACUAA